AGCUUUGGACAUGCCGUGAAGGUCCUUCUGCUUUCGUUGCUCUUUUAUGUUCCAUCAUGCUCCCCAGAAUUCAUGAUCAACAUUAAACAUCAAUGUGAAUGUUUGUUGUAUUCGUGGUUCUUCGCUCUUGGAUUUGUUCAAAAAUUUGUGUAACAGAUUUGCAUGAGUGCAAUGUGGUUUUUAUGAAGUGGUGACAUUUUCAUCAAUCCCAAUCAAUCAUGUACCAUGUUGAACCAAUCCAGGUCAGCAAUGCUUCUUGCUUUUUUGUCAUGUGAUGAGUCCUUGAGCCAUGUUUUUAGAUCCUGUGAUGCACAGGGACCAUUUCGAACCAUAGCGUCUGGUGGUCGAAAAGACAUAGAGAAUCAAGACUUCUUUGUGCUAGAGGGUCGCGCACUCUACCUCUAUUUCUAGUUCUAGUAGGACCACCAGGUACGAGCACUGCUUAGAACUAGAACUACUGUAGUCGUGGACUAGAUUUCUAUUGUUGUGGCUAGUGGUAGACCGAGCAACAUGGGCGACCGCGACAGAAAACGCUCAAGAAGUCGCACGAGAAAAAAGGAAGACGAGCGAAAACCGAAGAAAGAUGGGUCCAAGAGCCGGUCGCGAGAGAGACGAAGGUCUCGGAGCAGAACACGGAAAACGAAGGACGCCACAGACCGGAAAAAGAGUCGCAGUCGGGAGCGACAGAAGCGAGAGAGGUCUAGGUCCCGGGCGAAGAAGAAGGAGAGCAAAGACUCGGCGAAAAGUAGCGAUCGCGGUGCCAAAAAAAGUGGACGAGAUGUAUGAAACUCUUGGCCACUCAACUUGUUUGAUGCCAAUAAGUUUAAGUAGAACAUUCCUUCACAAUUAAGUCGUUCCAAGAGAACUAACUCCCCACUGGUCGAUUAUCCCCGGAAAAUGCCUCCCUCUUAUGCCUAUCCAUUUGAUAUCUGCACCACCUCAAAUACGUAUCAAGAAUGAUCACUAUAGGACUAGAUAUAGAAGUAGAGACCGUCACUCUUUUUGAUUCCUCACUAAACUGUAAAAUAAAUGUGAUUGAUUAUGAUUGAUUGGUGAGUAAAAGGCAUUUUUUUGUUUCCUCUCUCCAUUCUCUGCAGAAGGCGAUGGUUCGAAGAAGCAGAAAGCGAGCAAUUGGGAUAAAGUUGGUUACAGCGAUCCCACGGUGCGAAAAGGGUUUGUGACCGCAGAUCACGGUGGCAAUAUCAUGCGUUCGGAUGCGACUGUGAGCACGACGUCUUCCGCGGUAGCGAUGGGGUUUGCCACGCUUCCUGCUGGGGGAACUGUACAGGCGAACCCCGGAGACUUGGCCCUUGCAAGCACGACAGGGCAAGUCGGCGUCAUGUUGCCAAACGGCGCACUAGCCGGACCCGGAACAGCGGUAGGUGUAAGUGGUGGAGUCGUGCAGCCAAGCGGUGGCGUGGUAGUACAUCCGGGGGUGCAUCCGAAUACUCCUGUCGUCAGCAACGGAGUCGUGGCUGGCGCCGGUGUCCCAGGUGGAAAAGGGGCAGUGCCAGUUGCGGCAGGUCAGGCAGGUGCGCGCGCUGGAUACGUCGCUAGCUGUUGGAUGCAGCGCCCUCUCUUUACUGAGGAUGAGCUGAAAUCAAGGACACUAAUAGUGCAGAACCUAAGCCCAACAACGAAAGCGAACCAGCUGAUGACAUUCGUCAACACGUAUUCACUUGAUGCUGUUGGUUAUCACUUAUAAUAAAAUAUAUAUCAAUAUCCUGUUCUUUCUCGAUAGAUGCAAUUUUGUCUAUACUAUCGGCAUGAUUUUUUUUGCGAGCAGUUUGCUGUCAAGUAUUUUCUAGCUACCCAUCCUCACCAAAGUUGUGGUUAAAUGGUGAAUUUCGCCCGUUCCACAUCUAUGCCUCUCAAGCUCAACGAACUGAUCAAUACUGCGGUUGUCCAUCAAUUUCAGGUUCAUACUCGCAGUCACGAAGCUGCAGAUGAUCCAGGAAUCUCUGCCGCAGGCUGCGCAUAACUUCAAGCCCGUGUAUGAUUGCGAGGUGGACUUUUUGAAGGGCUCAGCGCACGCCAAGCUGUAUUUCCGCUCCUUUGAAGGUACUCAGGUGGGCUUGAAUUUGAACGGUCUGGAGUACGAGGGCUGUUCGAUCCGGGUGAUGCGUCCGGUUGGCUUUUACAGUUCCUCUUUUUAUGUGCAGAAAGUCGCAGAGGAGAACGCGAAGCGAAAAAAGACUUUUGAGGAAGAACAGGCAGCGAAAGAGGAAGAAGAGAGGCAGAGAGCGGAAGCGGCCGCCGCUGCUGAGGAGGCAGAAAAUCAGAAAAAUAGUACUACACACCAAAGUGGCGUGCAGGUUGGCACGAGCAGUGCGUCCUCAUCGUCUGCGCAACAGCCAUCAGGCUUGCUUCCGAAGGCCGCUGCACCUGUAGUCGUAAAUGGAAACAAUCCAUUUCACAAUGGUGCCGCUGCUCCUAUGUCGCCGAGCCGUAGUAUUCCAGUUGAUGGCGCAUCGCCUUCUCCAGCAAAGUCGGCCUCUGGAGAAAAGGCGGACGAGAGUCCAGUAGGAAAGGACCAGAGCGGGACCGCUGUUGUUGAGGGAGCUAGAGAUGGAACUAGCGAUCCGGUCCUUCACCGCGACUCGGCGAAUCCACGACCGCCUGAUCAAGAACGUGACACAAGCAAGGCCAACGGCGUCCCAACCGCGUCCGGCGAUUCAGCAGCUGAUAGUGGUAUGGCGGUGCAAGCUUCUGACGACAAGAAAGAGGUAAAGAGAGACGCCGGAGCUCUUCCUGCUUCCUCUUCGACUACCUCACCAGCGAAGGACGUUGCAGCAGCAGCGGCGACGGUCAGUCCAAAAAAGGAAUCAAGUAGCCCUAGCACAUUCACAGCUACGAAUAAAGCAGUGAAUGUGAAAACGGUGGCAUCUCCCCCGAAACCAGUAUAUCAACCCAUCACUCGUCUCCCCGACAAUUUUUUCCAAAUGAAGCCUCCCGACAUGAACAAGCUGACCCUCUACGUUUUGUACGGGAUACCCGAUCCCGAAGUUGAAGUGAUGGAAAAGCUAGAGCAGAAAUUGAAGAAGCACUCGAAGCUGAGCUUUUUUGACGCGCCAGUUGACAUGACCGAGUCUCAGCUCCGCGACCUUUUUCUGCAGUUUGGUCCUCUCAAGUAUUUCGAACUCAUGGUGCACCGAGACGGCGCAUCGAAAGGAUAUGGGAUGUUGGAGUACGAACCAGAUGCGGACAUGGACUACGAGCUCAUCUUCGACUGCCUCAACGGUUUCGUGGUGGGAGAAAAGGCGCUCAAGGUCCAGCAUUUGAUGGCGCAGAGACCACCGAUAGGAGUGCAGCCAGUUCCGCUGGCCUUACCCAGUGGAACAGCUGCGCCGGUCAUCGCACCGGUCAAGGUACUUACUCCGAGAAAUAAUUAUAUUUAUAGAUAUAAGUUUGAAUUUGUAUUUGAACAAUCAGAAUCAGGAUGCUGCUUGCCUUAUUCCAAGAUGAUACUUGAAUGUCGAACGGAUGAUUAUCAGCAGCCUUCAGGAGAUUUUACACGAUGCGAUGGCGGUCGUCCACUAUUAGAUUUCGAUUUCAAUCCCACCUCCAGCUUAACACGGUAAGCAGCAAGCUAUUCGCGAACCCUGUUGUGACUCACCGAUUGCAAACAGGCCUUUCUGCAGGCAGAACACCGAGUGCCGUCGUCCAGCUGUUGAAUGCAGUGUACUUUACAUUUGUUUGUUGUUGUAGUUCUAACUUUUAUUCUAAGAGAAGUGUUGUUGUUGAUUCAGGAUUUAGCUUACGCCCUGCCCCCGUGAUGAACAAGUCGACUAGUUUUCUCGAUCAGUCGUUGUUGAUGCUCAUUUUGCACAACUACAAUUUUACCUGAUGGCUGUCGGUAAAAAUUGGAAUUUUAGGACUCAACAUUUAUAUUUCUCGACUUCAGGUUUGAGGCGGACGUUAUGGACGAUAAAGACUGCGAGUCAAUACGGCGAGAGGUGCAUGCUGAGGCAACGAACUUCGGUAUCGUGGAGGAAGUUCGAAUCCCACGCCCCGACCGACACGGCUUGUCUGGGGAUUCGAGUGCCGGCGUGGGGAAGAUUUUUGUGCAUUUCCAAAAUGUUACCUCAGCCCGGCGAUUUCAGGCUGAAGUAAACGGUCGGAAAUUCGACGAACGGGUUGUUUGCGCAGCGUUUUACCCGCGGGACAGGUUUCUCACCGGUCUCUUCAGUCUUGAUUCGACCGGCUUCCGCUAAGCCACUUCCAUGACCGCAGCUCGUUGUGAGUACAUGACUUUUUCGUCUCAAACAUCUUCGAAGACAAAAGAAGAUCAAGGGCUUCGGCGUUUGCGAAGUUUGCGAGAGAAGAAUGUUGUAGUCCUGCAAAGCAACAGCGCAUUAUAUUUUUUCAUACCGUUCCUGAAGGCUGAAGCUUCCUCGCUUUCUAUGGAACAAUCCGACUUUGCAACAAAAGCAGCACCCAGCAUACUACUUGGCUACACUUAACGACACAACCUCGGCCUCCCUUGCCUCAAAAAGGCCUAUCCCGCUGACCUCACUGCUCUUUUCAACCACUCCCAGGUGGAGCUCGUUAAGUUUAUUUUUUUGCUGCGCGGCAACAAAGCCC